AGUUUGCUUGGACGCAAGUCCAACAAGAGUUCGUUUUUGCGUCCGUGUCGUGUUCGUGUAGAUAUUUACCGCACGACUUAUUCUCUUUUUUUGACUGCCUCGUCUCGUCUCCUGAUCGUUGCAGUUCGCGGCACGUAAAGUCUUUCUGCCGUUAUUUCCCGCCGAAAGACGGCCUUUGCUUAUCUCUGAAACAAGAAGCAGGCGAGAGAGGUGUUUCCGUCAGGAAUCUUUCCCUGCUGCAGAUCGCUCUCUGUUUAGGCAUAAAUAGUCGGGCGCCACUGGAUAUUCGUUCCUUCAAAUUCUUCAAUCCUUCUGCGGUAACAUCGGUAGUCCUACUGUAAGGGACGCAGCAAAUCAGCACUAACCGAAGGAGUUGUCACGAAAACGGCAGGAAAUCAGUGCCGUCCGCUUCUGCACAAAAGGGCAACACCGACCGUGCCUGUAUGUAUACACGCAUCCCGGCAUCCGGCGCGGUAAUGGUCACACGCUUCCGGCACUCGCGGCAAGCACGACAGGCAACUUUGCUGCAUGACUGCAAAUUGCUGAAUUUAUUUCAGGUCAUGCGCAUUCGUGAUCCCACAUGCCAUUAAUUCAGGUUAUAAAGCAUUAGUACGUUGGCUGUCCCUGAGCUUCCCACACACAGCUCGACCUUCGCGUGCCGCCAGCGACAUCGCAGUCUCUUUGCUUUCAAUCCCUACUACAAGCUAGGCGGAGAAGCUAAGCCACAUAAGUACAUACUAUAGUCCAGCUUUAAUUCUACAAGUACCGAUCGAAUUAAGGUGAGGCGCACAGGCAGCGUGAUACCGGAAGAGAUAAAGAGAGAUGAUGGAUGGUGAACUGGGCGAGGACUUGCUCACGGAGGUCCUCGUGAGGCUGCCGCACAAGUCACUGGCGCGGUUCCAGUGCGUGUCCACGACAUGGCGGGCACUCAUCUCCGGCGACUACCUCCGCCGGAGGCUGCCUCUGAUCACCUCCGGCGUGCUGUUCCACGACGGCCCACCACGGCCCGGGAAGCAGGCCUACACGUACGCCUGCGCCUCACCGUCGUCGUCGGCCCAAGACGGCGUCGAGGACCGCGGCGGCAGCGGCGUGGAAGAGGCCGACAUGGGCUUCUUCCCGUGCCACGCGACGUCCAGCAUCAUCGACGGCUGCAACGGCCUGCUGCUCUACUACGCGGCGCCGGCGGCGUUCCACGUCGUGAACCCGACGACGCGUCGUUGGGCGGCGCUCCCGGCACCCCGCCAGAGGACGCUGCUCUCCGUGCUGGCCUUCGACCCCUGCGCCUCCCCGCACUACAAGGUGGUCUGCUUCGCGCGCUGGCUGCCACGCGGCGCGUGCGUCGAGGUGUUCGACUCCGAGUCCGGCGCGUGGCGGGAGCGCGAGCUCGACUUCGGCAUCGACACGGACGCCAUGUCGGCCACCAUGCACUGCUCCGGCGCCGCCAUCCACGUGCUGGCCUACUCGGGCCACGUGGUGCGCAUCGACCUCGCCGGCACCGGCAUGGCGUGCGCGGUGACCGCGCUCCCGGCGCCCGUCAGCUACCGGGCGCGCGCGGGACACUGCCGCGGCCGCCUCCGGUACGCGUCCAGCGACGGCGCGCGCCUCAGCCUGUGGGAGCUCAGGGACGCGGAGGGAUCCCAGUCCCAGUGGGCGCUGAAGCACGAGCUGGGCGUCAGGGACCUCGUCUCCUGCGACGCGAGCGGCACGUGCCAGAGCAAUAAGACGUUCCUGUUCAUGGCGUUCCACCCGGAGAAGGAGGUGGUGUACCUGUGGACGCCGGGGAAGCUCGUAGCGUUCGACCUGGAGCAGAGGCGCGUCGUGGGGGAGUCGGUGUUCGGGUCCGACAGGGAAGGCGCGCAGCUCAUACAGAUUUGGUUGUUCCCCUUCUCGCGUCAUCUGGCCAGCUGCUUGGCCUGACUCUGACUGUGAGGGUGACUGGCUUAUUGGCACAUUUGAGGCAGCGCUCAGGCGCUGAGAAUGUGGUCACCUCCGAUUGUACGUAGAUGUGGGUCCCUGUCUCCCUGACUUGUCCACAAGAGGGUGUGGUUCCGUUCGACUGUCGACGAGGUUACGGAAUGGAAUGCAUAAGAAAGAUAGCAAAAUGCAAAUAUAGAAUAUAGGCUGAUAUGAAGGGGGAAAUUCCGUACGACUGUCGACAAGUGCACGAGUGACUCCGUCUUGGGGAAAUUCGUCUUCAAUGGCUUGUUCAAUUGCUGGCUAUUUGAUUUAUUUUCGUAUCUCUUUAUAUAUGGGAAAUGCUGUUUCGAAUA